UGGCUCUGUUGAAUAUACGUGUACAUUUUAUUGCAAUAUGUAGCUACGGGAGCCAACCGCGUCCUUCUGGGCAAUCAUGUCAGCUUUCAGCGUUGAACGCGAGCUUGUCGUUCGGAAGGACUUAGAAGACGACGGGUCAGGCAGCGUCCUUAUCAAGUUUUACCCUCAGGAGGGAUGGCAGGACAUACAGGAUCGGCUGGCAAAUACUCCAGGCCUGCCAGCGGCCCGGCCGCAGCCCCCGGAGUCGUACGAGUACGACUUGGAUGUCGUACUGCCGCCUGUCCUGCAGCAAAACCCGCAGCAGCAGCUCCUCCUCCUCUUCCCCAAGCUCCUCCAACACAGCACCUCCUUCGAUGAGAAAUCCGACUCCCAGCAGCAGGCUGCCCGUAGCGGUGGCAGCAGCAGCACCACCACCACCUCCAUUUCCUCCACCGCUUUGCCUAACGCUGCUGCUUCCAUGGCUUCGGAAGCCGCUACCGCAUCCGCAGCAGGAGCGGCAACAACAGGCCGGUAUUCCAGCUCACAAAUCUCACAAUCCCAGCUGCAGCUCUCACUCCAGCCGCAGCCCUCCCUCACACCCACCACUCCGCAGCAACAGCAGCAACCCCCGCAACCCCAGCAGCAGGCCCCGCAGCUGCAGCAGCUGCCCUCGGGGGCCUGGAUGCUGAGGGUGUGCGGCGAGGCGGACUGGCAGCGGCUGCAGCGGCUGCUGCCCGCCUCGCCGGCGGAGCUCAUGUCAAGACAGCUUAAGGACACGGCGGGGGAUGCGAGGUCGGCGGUGUAUGUGGUGGCAAACAAUGGCUACCAUGGCCUUUGGGAGCUAGCAAUCGCCUCCAGCGGCGCCGCAGGCGCAGGCGGCGGUGGCAGGUUCUACCGGGGUGGCAGGACGGCCGGGGGAAUCGGCGGCGGCGGUGCUGCCGCUGGCUCGGGCGAUGACCCCGGGGCCUUCUUCGCCCCUGCUGCAGCGAUGGCUGCUGCUGCGGCUGCUUUUGCGGAGGCUGAGGGCGGCGGUUCCUCGGCGCUUGAGGGGGUGUGGUCGGAGGAAGAGGUGGCGCAGCUGGUUCGCUGCCUUGGGGGAUUCCUGAGGAGGGGGUCGGCGGAGAAAGUGGGCGCGGCGGCGGCAGGCUGCUGUUCCCUCGCCGCCCUGUGGUGGCUGCUGCGGCAGCCCACUGCCCGCAUCCGCCUGCCGCCCGCACCCGCCCGAGCGGCAGCGCAGGGGUCAGAGGGCGAGACAGACGGCGGAGCAGGCGGGGAAGUAGGCGCUGCUGCGGUAGACGGGGAUGGGGCAGCUGGCGGAGGAGGGCUGCUAGACAUGCUGCCGCCCCCAACACCGCAGACACCUCAACAGCAGCAGCAGCAGCAGCGGGGAGGAGGGGGCUUGUUGGGCGGGGUGGGCAGUGUGAGUGUGGCCUCACCUCGGGCCAGCAACCAGCCGGCAGCGGCGUUUCGGCUGCAGCUGAGACGCAAGGAGCGAGGACCCAAGGCCGCCGCAGCCGCCAUGACUCCCUCCUCCUCCGCACCCACCCCGCCCAACACCAACAGCGCCGCUAACACCCACAACAACAACAGCUCCUCCGCCGGGGCGGCCGCCGCCUACGUCCCCACCGUCCUCAGCACCCUGCUAUCGCCCUCCACGGCCGGGGGCUUCGGUCGAGCACUGCUCACCAUGCUUCGAGACGUGCAGCUCAAGGUCUCGUCCUCAGCGGGAACCGGCGGCGGCGGCGCAUUUGCCGCCGGCAGUAGCCUAAGCGUCAUAAGCCGCCAUCAAUACCAAAGUCAGCAUCUGCAGGAGCAUAAGGCCCACCAAAUCGCCUUGGCUGCGGUGUGGGGUAUCAGCAGCUUGGGUGAAAUGCUGCUUCGGGUGCCUGCCAUUCGCGCGGAGGUCCUAGUUGCCGCGCAGGUGGGAACCAGCCUGGCACAUGCAGCUGCUGCGGCUGCUGCAGCUGUCGCCGCUGCUGCAGCUGCCGGCGCCGGCGGUAGCAGCGGAGGGGCGUUCCCUGGCGGGCACAGGGCUUCCUCCAACGGUGGCUUUUCGGGGCCCGGAGGCAGUCAGACAGGGGGGCCGACGUCGGUGGGGUCCAGCCCGCUUGUACGGAGGCGAGUGGCGAUGGUGGCGGCGGUGGGAGAAGUCGCGGAGUCGCGGAGGGGCGGCGGCGGCAGUAGCAGCGGGGUGGCUGGGGCGGCGGGGGGUGGAGCAGCAGGAGGAGGAGGGGCAACGGCUACGGUGGGCUCCCUGGGACUGGAGCUGGAGGAGAUCUACUCGGUGCUGCUGGGUAUAGCGGCACUGCCCGGCUGGUUUGCUGCGCGUUCUAGUUCGCCCUGGGACCUGCGACCCAUGGGUCGGGAGCAGGCGGCUGUUCGCAUCCAGUCCUUCUUCCGAGCGCACAGCGUGCGGCGCAAGACAUCGGCCCUUCGCAAGCAAGUUGCGUUGGCGCUGAGCACCCGUGCCCUCGCAGCCCGGUCCGCACCUGCAUCAACAGCGCCCUUACCCGGGCAGCACCAACAGCAGCCGCUUCCCAUGCUGCCGCCAGCCGCUACAAUAGGUACAGCCAAUGCAGCAGCAUCAGCCGCUGCUACUGCUGCCGGCGGCGCUGCACCUUCCGGCCGCUCCACAAGUCCCACUGUGCGAGGCUCGGCGCAGGGAUCCGCCGCCGCUAACACCACAGCAGCAGCCGCAGGCGCAGCAGGCGGUGGGGAAACAGGGGCGGGGGCAGCAGGAGGAGGAGCAGGAGGAGGAGGUGGAGGAAGUAGCAUGGCAGCAGCAGCCGCAGCGGCUGCUGCCAGGGCAGCUGUGACUGCCUUCCUGGCGAGGAGGGAGGCGGAAGCGGCGGCGGUGCGGGCUAAGACGGCGGAGGCAAUGGAGGCGGUGGAGCACUACUUCGAUACCUCCCCCCAGACGCAUGCCGGGGUGGCAGCGGCGGAGCUGCUGGUAGGGCUGCUGGUGCAUGCAGGUGCUGGCGGCGGCGAGCCAGGCGGCGGCGAGGGCGGCGGCGGCGGCCUUAACAGCCUCGGCGGCGCUGGCGGAGCAUCAGCCGGCGUCGGCGGCGCCGUUGGAGGCAGCAACCUCUCCUCCGCUGCCGCCGCCGCCCUUAUUCGCGAGCAUUUCGCCUCCGUCGCCGCGCCCGCUCAGCUCCUCCGCCUCAUCGACUGCUCUGCCGUUCCCGCCAGGGUUGUUCACUUGGGCCUUAUAAUGCUAUCACAUGCCGUACGACCAGGCCCCGGAGCGGAUGCGUUUUUCCGUACAGGCGCCGGAAUGAGCGCUGCUGGUGGUGGUGGCGGCGGUAUGGGUGGAGGAGGAGGUGGAGGUGGUGGCGGAGGUGGUGGCGGAGGUUUGCGGACUGCUAACUCUGGCGGUGUGGGUUUGGUGCUGGAGUUGCUGAGGCGUUUGGAACCGUUGACGGCCCUGGAAGCGCAUGAGAGGCUGCUCAGGUACGGUCCCUCCGAGCGGCGACCCUACCCCGCACUUCGCUACUCCUCCUCGCGCCCCUACGCCCCGCCUUCUCUGGUGGACUGGCGCUGGUCGGGUGCGGGGGCGGAGCUGGCGGUGCACGCGGCGGCGGCGGGCUGGGGCGCGGCGGCGCAGCUGGCACGCAUGUGGGCGGCGGAGGGGGAAAUGAGAAAGUCGCGCCCAUCCGGCUCCCAGCAACAUCAGUCCUGGCAGCCCUCCUCCCAGCAGCAGCAGCAGUCCCAGGCCGCUCCUCCGGGUCCCCGGGGACCCCUGGAGGAGGCCACCUACCGCUACCUCUCCAUGUGCGCCACAGGCCUGAGCUCCGGCCGCAUAGGGCCCGCAACACACAUCCUGCUGUGCGGUGUCGUACAACUGGUUUCGGAGCCCGCUGCCGUACCCUUCCUGCUGCGCUCCGGCCUGAUCGAUGUAGGUGCUCGGCUGCAGAUGCCGCCUCAGCCACCGCCUUCCCAGCAGCAGCAGCAGCAGCAGCAGCAGCAGCAGCAGCAGCAGCAGCAGCAGCAGCAGCAGCAGCAGCAGGGGGCACCCGGCUCCCCGCGGCAGCAAACGGAGGGUAACAGCUUCCGAUCGGGAUCAGGGUCAGGAGCUGGGGACGCAGCCGCGGGGGCGCGGACUAACAUGUCCUCGUCCGGAGCGCUCCGCUCUGCUGCCCCCUCCCGGCGCCCCACCGCCCCCCUCCAGCCAGGAGCCAUGCGCUCUCCUAGGAGUCGCAGCCGGGAGGGGGAUGAGGGCGAGCGAGAGGCGGCAGCGGGCACGGGGACAGGGACGGGGACAGGGGGAGGAGGAGAGGAGGGGGCGGGCAGUGCUCGGGGGGCAGCGGCAGGGGCGGCGGCGCCGGCGAGGGACAAGAUGCGAGCUUAUGAGGGUGUCACCCCCCAUCCCCGCGGCUUGGUGGGCCUGAUGCUCGAGUCGGACAUCCCGGGUUUCAUGGAGGUAGCGCUAGCGGUCAUGGGGCUGCUAGCGGCGCAUGGAACCCCGCUGUACGACAAUGCUACAGCCGCCGCUGCCGCUGCUGCUGCUGCUGGCGGCAGUAGCAGCGGUGGCGGCGCCGCAGCCAAGGCCGGUGCUACCUUUCCUGCUGCGGCUGCUGCCACGGGAGGUGUCCCCGAGGGAUCCCAUUCGCCUGAGGGUGCCCUCGCCUCUGCUGGUGGUGGAGGUGGCGGUAGCCCUCCUGGGCCUGCGGCUGCAGCAGCAGCUGCAGCGGCUGCUGCUGCGGGUGUUCCUGACCUGCAGCACGGGGCUAUCCCGGCUCGGCGGCUGCUGAUGGCUGGCGGGUGGGGGGCUGCGUGCAGCUGCCUGGGCGCAGCGGGGAACAUUUGCCAGGCGGUACCGGGUAUGGCAGCUUCCACCAUGAUGCUGCUGGCAAAGGAGUUACACCUCUGGUCGGAAAUCCUCACCAUCCAAGCCGCCGCCCGCGCCAAACGCGCCGCUGCUGCCGCCGCCGCCGCGGCAGCUGCAGUACACUCCACCGUCCUCUCUCCCUCCCUCCGCCGCAGCACCCGGGUCCGUAUGAAGAAGCCCUCCUUUAACGCGACCUCCGCCGCUGGGGGUGCUGGGGAUUCUGGUGCCUCCUCAGAUCCCUCCCGCUCCCUAAACCCUAGCUACAGCAUGAACCUGGGGGGUUCAGGCAGCGUCGGCGCCGACGGCGGCAUGACGUCAGGCGGCUCAACGGCACGCAGCGGCGGCGGUGGAGGAGGGGGGAUGUACGACGAUGAUGACGAUUCGGAUGCGCUGGGUUUGGAUCCAGAUCUGCCGUGUCCGCAUGAGCUGGUACAGCUGCUGCGGGUUAUGAUGGGGGAGGACUUUAAGACCCUCACCAUGUGCCUGCAGCCCCUGACUCAGCUGCUGGGCCGCGCCGACCAGCGCACACUGCAGUUCGGCUGCCUGGCCGCCUACCACCUGGCGGGACUGCCACUGCUGCGCAACCCGCUGGGGACGGCGGGGGUGGUGGCGAGCCUGGUGGGGGUCAUGCGGAGGUGGUACGACCUGCCCCCCAGCGAGCAGAGGGCCUUCCGCGCCACCGGCGAGUGGGCCAUGGCGGCGCUGGUGCGGCUGACGGCUGAGCCAGGCGGAGAGCGCAACCGCUACCGACUGGCGGCCGCCUACCGGGAUGACUCGGCAGCUGCGGCGGCUGCGGCGGGGGGUACCGGCAGCGCCAUACGGAGCAUCUUCAAUGGGUUUGGGUACGCCAUGACGCAGGUCCCCGGCAGCACACCGCAAAAGCGCACGGGUCGCACUGGAGAGGAGCUGCUGGCUGACAUGCAAUGGCG